GACAUUUGGAAAUGUUAAACUAUAAUCUUGUUUUCCUUUUCUUUAUCCUCACAGGAAAUAAAGAAGGAAAUGAAGAAAGAGCCUCUCUCCAGCAAAGCUCCAGAAAAGCCCAUGCAUGAAGUGCCCAGUGGAAAUGCUUUGCUGUCUUCUGAAACUAUUCUAAGAACCAACAAGAGAGGCGAGCGACGGAGGCGUCGGUGCCAGGUAGCAUUCAGCUACCUGCCGCAGAACGAUGAUGAGCUUGAGCUGAAAGUCGGCGACAUCAUAGAGGUGGUGGGAGAG